AUGCCAGACUCGGGCACUGAAGAUGAAGACUACUUCCUCCCGCUACAAGACCAGCGCGUCUUCGGCGCCGGCAUCAAGCGCAAGAGAAUCAACUUUGUGCGGGCGUCGACUGUGGACCCAACCACUACCCUGCCACCGUCCACUGCGAGUCCAUCGGCAAGCGAUGUCUCCUCGCGCUAUCUCUCCAUCGUGCUGCCUGGAUCACGCACAGAGCAGGGCUCUCAGCCAAAGAAAUCCACGACGGCGCGGGCGAACGAGUCUUCUCCCGAACGCUGCCCCGUGUGCGCCGAACCCCUCACAUCGACGUCCUCGUCUCCGUCAACCCACGAAUCCUCACUAGCCCACCAAGUCUGCCUCCAACACGUACAUCCCCCGUCUCACCUCCCGCGGUCCCACGUCGGUGUCCGCUACCUGUCGUCCUACGGCUGGGACCCCGACGCACGAAGGGGACUCGGCGCCCGCGAAGAAGGCAUCACCGCGCCCAUCAAGGCCACGAGGAAGAACGAUACGGCCGGGUUGAGGGAGAGGAUUGAUCGCGAUGAUGACGAACAUGACCACGCUGUACGUACGAGGACGACCACGAAUGCGAAGAAGAAACGCCUGAAAGGGCACGAGACGCAAGAGACCGUGGCGCCGGCAUCGGCCAAGUCGGAUGCGAAGCAGGUCCGCAUCAGGGAUGCGGAGGCGAGGAAGCGGGCUGAGAGGUUGAGGGCGAACUUCUACGGUCCUGACCUCGAGAGAUAUCUUGGGCCGGAGCCGUCGACGGCCUAG